UCCCAAGGGGACGGUUUCCAGUCGCGUUCCUUCUCCUCAAAGGAUGUGGGAGGUUGCGGGAUUGCCCUUUCGGGGCUUCGGGACGAAGCUGGUGUUUCCACCGCCCCCGAACCCGGAUAGGGGCGGAAAGCCUCGGAGAGCACUGAUCCCACAGCAGCGCAGCUGAGGAGGAAGGGGCUUGGAGCCACGGUGCCCAGCCCGGCGCGCCCCCCGCGUCCCCCGCGCCCCCGUCGCCCCCGCGCGAGCGCGAGCCGCCGGCGGAAGUGCUGCGUCGCGCACUUCCGGGUGUUGUCUGGCCGCCGCCGCCGCGCGUCUACGGUCUCCAGGCCGCCGCCGCCGCCGCCUCGGGUCCCGGAGGCAGGAGCGACGUCACCACCAUGGCCGGCAUCAAAGCUUUGAUUAGCUUGUCCUUUGGAGGAGCAAUUGGACUGAUGUUUUUAAUGCUUGGAUGUGCCCUCCCAAUAUACAACCAAUACUGGCCCCUCUUCGUUCUGUUCUUCUAUAUCCUCUCACCUAUUCCAUACUGCAUAGCAAGAAGACUAGUAGACGACACGGAUGCUAUGAGUAACGCCUGUAAGGAACUCGCCAUAUUUCUGACAACAGGCAUUGUGGUCUCAGCUUUUGGCCUUCCUAUCGUAUUUGCCAGAGCACAUCUGAUCGAGUGGGGAGCUUGUGCACUCGUCCUCACGGGAAACACUGUCAUCUUUGCAACUAUCCUGGGCUUUUUCUUGGUCUUUGGAAGCAAUGAUGACUUCAGCUGGCAGCAGUGGUGAAAGGAAUCACUGAACUCUUGUCACAUGGACUUCUUGUCAUUUCUCAGCCGUCCGCGCACACAGGAGACAGGGCAGUGAUGCUGAGCGGUGGAGCAGGCCUCUCGGGGUGUCCCGGGUGCUCCCUUCUCACUGUAUUGUAAGCAUACUAUUUUCACAGAGACUUGCUGAAGGAUUAAACGGAUUUUCUCUUUUGGA